CUAAGGCGUUAAAGAACAAUCCGUCUCACCGACUCGACUUCGAUCUCCUAUCUCUCCUCUCCACCAUCGUCUAAGGUUUCUUGCUUCCUCCCUCCCUUCCCUCUUCUCCUCCAUCGAUGCAGCCGCGGUAACAGCGAUCGAUCGAUCUAGAUAGAUUCGUCUUCGACCAAUCUCUUCUCAUUCUCUUACCUUCACCUCGAAAUUGAAAACCCUAGAGGCCCCGGCGCCGGUGGCAACCCACACGAGAACUAUCGGCAUCAUCCACCCGCCGCCCGACAUAAGGAUGAUCAUCGAGAAGACGGUCACCUUCACCGCCAAAAAUGGUCCUGAGUUCGAGAAGCGCAUCCUCGCCAACAACGCCGGCAACGCUAAGUUCAACUUCCUCAUCCCCUCCGACCCCUACCACGCCUACUACCAGCACCGUGUCUCCGAAUUCCGCUCCCAGCAGCAGCAGCAGCCCCCCGCCGCCGACUCCGACUCCUCCUCCCAGCAGCAGCGGCAGCCCCCUCCCCCCGAUUCCGCCGCCGCUGCACCUUCCGGCGAUUCCGCCGCCAAGCCCGAUCUCGCCUCCCCGUUCCGCAUCACCGCUCGGAAGGUCCUCGAGCCGCCAGAGGCCGAGCAGUACACCGUCCGGCUCCCCGAGGGGAUCACCGGGGAGGAGCUCGACAUCAUCAAGCUCACCGGCGCCACCGCCCAGCUCGUCGCUCGGAAGGGGAAGGACUUCUUGAGUAGUCUCUCUCUCCGGGGGCCCAACAAGCCGCAGUUCCACUUCCUGCGGCCCACACACAGCAUGUUCCCUUUCUUCACUGCGCUCAUCGACGCCUACUCGAAGGUGCUGAUGCCGCCCAAGGGGGUGAGGGAGAAGCUUUGGAGCAGCGCGCGUGACAUGACGGCGGUGCUCGAGCGGUGCCUGCACCGCCUCGAGUGGGAGCACUCGCAGGAGCAGGCGAGGCAGAAGGCCGAUUAUGAGAUCGAGCAGGAGAGGCUGCAGAUGGCGAUGAUCGAUUGGCAGGACUUUAUCGUGGUGGAGACCAUCGAAUUUGCAGAUGAUGAGGAUGAUGAGCUGCCGAUGCCGAUGACGCCGGAGGAGGUCAUAAGAAGGAGCAAGAUGUCAGCUUUGGCUGAAGAGGAAGCCAUGGAAACAGUGGAACCAGGAAAGGAGGUGGAGAUGGAGAUGGACGAAGAGGAGGUCCAGCUUGUAGAAGAAGGCAUGAGAGCAGCAAGACUUGAAGAUGGUAGCAGGGAUGAGAAGAAGGGUGAAGCAGAGGCAGCAGCAGCGCCUACCGAAGAACCAGGGCCACCAAUGAGGAUAGUGAAGAACUGGAAGAGGCCUGAGGAGAGGAUCCCCGCUGAAAGAGACCCGACCAAGUUUACGAUCUCGCUGAUCACUGGUGAGCUAUUUCCGAUCAGUGAGAUGGCCGAACACAUGCGUAUUUCACUCAUAAACCCACCCCAGGUAUAUGGAGCAGAAGGAGAGGAUGAUGGCAAAGAUCCGGGAGACGACUCUCGCUCGGAUGAUGGGAUCGCUAGGAACAUUGUGGGGCUUGCCCGAACCCGUCCCGAUAUUUUUGGGACAACAGAGGAAGAAGUCUCUAAUGCAGUGAAGGCUGAAAUUGAGAAGAAGAAAGACGAGCAGCCAAAGCAGGUUAUUUGGGAUGGGCACUCUGGUAGCAUUGGGCGAACUGGGAUUCAAGCUUUGUCCCAGAGUCUAUCUGGAGAGGAACAUAUUGAUGCUAACGGUGAUGAUGGGAGGAGCCUUCCAGGCCCUGCUCCACCUCUGAAACCUGGUGUACCAUCAGUGCGGCCUCUCCCGCCCCCACCACCUGCAUUAGCUCUGAAUAUUCCUCGUUUUCCUCCAAAUGUGGCCCGUUACCCAGCUCCUGCUACUAGUGGGGGAAUGGUGCCGCCACCACGGAGGCCAGGAAUCAUACCGAUAACUCCAUCUGUGAGGCCUGCAGCUCCACCAAUGCCUAUGACUUCGACCCAGCAGCCUGUUAUGAUGAGCGGGCCUUCAAUGCCCCAGGCGAUCUCAGUGUCACCUGCUAUUCCCAUACCGCCACCACCUGGGUCGCAGUUCACUCCUUUGGUGGCUCCCCGACCAUUUGUUCCCAUGCCCAUGCCACCUCCUAACAUGCCAACUGUCCUGCCGCCUCCUCUCCCACAAGGAAAGCCACCUCCACCUCCUCCCGAGGAAGCUCCUCCACCGCUACCUGAUGAACCAGAGCCAAAGAGGCUAAGGACUGAUGAUGUUUCUCUCAUACCAGAGGAUCAUUUCCUCACUCAGCAUCCUGGACCUGCUCGUGUUUCUGUAUCUGUUCCUAAUGUUGAUGAAGGGAACUUGAAAGGCCAGCUUCUGGAGAUCACAGUACAGUCCUUGUCUGAGACUGUUGGCAGUCUGAAAGAGAAGAUUGCUGGAGAGAUUCAGCUUUUUGCUAAUAAGCAGAAAUUGAGCACCAGGGCAGGUUUUCUAAAGGACAACCUUACACUUGCUUAUUACAACAUUGGUUCUGGAGAAACAUUAUCUCUUGCUCUAAGGGAGCGUGGUGGCAGAAAGAAAUGAUCUCUUCUUCUUUCUUGCUGCAAGAUCAUUUGGGAAGAAGUAGAGUUGUCCGUUAACAAAAUAAUAUUUGGCUUUGUAUGAUGAGAAUUUCUCAGACCUAUGUUCAGUAG